AUGCCACAGAGGCCUAAGGUCGCGAAGUUUCAUACAGGCAGCACCCAGCUCAGUCCGAAUCCUAUGGUCUCUGACCUAAACCUUAACAAUCAACAAUGCUACACAAUGGCCCGCAAAGACUACCGCGAUGAUCUAAGGGACAAAGAAACAAUCUACGAAAGGCUAAAGGCCUUGAGGGCAAUCUUGGAGCCCUCCGACAAGCAGCUCAAGCAGAGCGCACGAACAGCAUACGACCGCGCAAGGAAGUGGUCAUCAAAAAUGAAACAGGACCAAUGGAUCACAGCGUACAGGAACGCAUAUAUUGAUGCUAAAUUAGUCUACCUGCUAAAUGUGACAGAAUAUCAACCACACUAUGACUUCGUGUCGGCAAUUUCGGACGUAAACCCUGGAUGCGCAGCAGCCAUCCAAUCAAUCCUGGUCCAGCAUGAACAGACCGAUGAGGAUCCACCUGAUUUCCUCACUAGCUGUCUAGAGUUCUUUGAAAAUUGGCAACAAUCACAGCUAGCUUAG